UAUCUUUCAAAAUGGCUGCGCGCAGAAUGUACGCGGUCGGGAGGGUAUUAUGGACGGGCAUGCGGGUACUGUGAGAGACAGAGAAAUGAGAUGCAUCCACAGUACAAAGGCUACUGCACUUCGAUGUGUUUAUGCUGUGAAAAGGCGAGAGGAUGCAGCAUUAUGAUUGAUAACUAUAUGAAUGAUGUGAUGAUCAUCGAUAUCUUUUAA